UUUACUGUUAUCAUUAUCGUGAAUAGAAUUUUUUUCUGACAUUUUUCACUUUCUAUAGUAUAAUAAAGUGGAUAUAAAUUAACAAUACAUAUUGCAAACAAAACAGUUAUUUAUCUGGAAAAGUAUACAAUAAAUACUUUUAUCCACGAUGGCUUCAAGUGUUACUGAAAAAGAUGAAGAAAAUUUGAGACAGCAAUGUGAAAAUGCUUCGUUGGAAGAUAAACCCGAAUCUAGGAAAGCUGUGUUACCACCAAUUAAGCUGGGCAUGUCCUUUAGUGAUUGGAAGCAAUUAAAAGAAGCAGAGGAGGAAAGUAAAAACAACAAAUCAUCAAGAUCUGCAAAAGAUAGAAAAUUUGCGGUUCAACAGCGACAAAAUCCACGCAAUAAAAACUGGACUUCAGAAAGCCAUAUACAAAAUCACCAGAGUCAAGAAAGAAUUUUUUCUAGAUCGCAAAAUUAUAAUUUGCCCAAUUUUAAUGCACCAACACCUCAAAGAAACCAGUUUGAAAACAACAACCAUGCACGGAAUUUUCAUCAAGAUCCAAUAAUACCACCAUUGGUGCCACCAUUGUCUUUUGACGAAUUUCUUAAUCAAGAUGUACACUGGUCAUCUGGACCUAUAAUGCAACCUUUGUUUCCUCCAAUGCCACAUAUGCCCCGCUUGAACCAAUACAAUGACUACAACAAACAAUCGGGAAAACCUAACAACAGAUUCUUUUCACAAAAUAAUUUUUCUUCUCGAACAAAAUCAAAAUAUGGCGACUCUGCUGUAAAAACAAACAUUAAACCGGCAUCAACCAAAUCAAACCAAGAUGAGCAACCAGUGAUAAAAAAUACAAAGUUGGAAGACGAAAACUUUUCAAAUGUGGGACAAGAUAACAAAAGACAACCAAUCCGACCGCAAAUAUAUAUUCAAAAGCCACAUAAUUCUACCAAUAAGUAUGACAAGUUUAAAUCCACAUGGAUAGUGAAGCCUCAACCUCCACGAGUAAUGAUCGCUAAUACACCGGAGGAACGCGAGCAAAAGACACGUUUGUGGCGAGAAUACCGCCAAGCCAUGAAACCAUUUAAGAAUCGCGAGUUUAAAAAUGCAAAAAGAGUUGUACAACGUCUGGGUAAAAAGACAUUCGAAGAAUUGGACGAAAGGGAUCGUUUUCGUUUAGAACGUGCAGUGGAGGCAGUAAACGCACAUAAAGAGAUGUUGAAUGCUCGUAUGGUGGAACGCUCAGCUCGAAUAGAACGAGAAGUAAAAAAGUCAGACACAAACAAUGCCUCAUCGGAAAAGGUUUUCAAUCUACCAGUAAAUUGGCAAUCCAAUAAUUCUUCGAAUCAAAAUAUUCGUAACACACAAGAUCCCGGUUUCUCAUCACGUCAAACUUUGUCGGAUAGUUUUCAACCUGGCGGUGUGUUGCUACCGGGAGGUAUUGUAACACUUUCCAGGCCUUAAAUUGUAUUAUAAAUAUAAUCAUAAUUGAAAACUAGCAAAUAUUGGUAUUACAAUUUGUUAUUACAGUUAAUAGUAAAUUGGGAAUUAGCACACGG